GCCCACGUGAGCGACAACUUCUCUUCAUCACUUCUCCAAUUGCCACCUACCCACCAUGACCAUCUGCGCCGGCUGCCAGGUCAAGGAGGCCUCGCGCCUCGAGUGCCCCAACUGCAAGAAGCUGGGGAUCAACGGCAGCUUUUUCUGCGACCAGGACUGCUUCAAGAAGAAUUGGGGAACGCACAAGAUCGUGCACAACAUUGUCAAGAUGAGCGUGGACGCGGAGAGCGACAAGACGUCGACCCUCCCCGCCAACAUGCGCAACUACCCGUUCACUGGCACGAUGCGGCCGGUGUACCCUCUCUCGCCGAAGCGCGUCGUGCCCAAGCACAUCCAGCGACCGGACUACGCCGAUGACCCGAACGGAUUCAGCCCGUGCGAAGCCGUGCGCGAGCGCGGGAUCAAGGUGCUCAACGCCGAGGAGAUCGAGGGCAUGCGCAAGGUGUGCCGGCUGAGCCGCGAGGUGUUGGACUACACAGCGUCCUUCAUCCGGCCGGGAAUCACGACGGACGAGCUCGACGCCAUCUGCCACCAAGCAUGCAUCGACCGCGACUGCUACCCCUCGCCGCUGAACUACUCCAAGUUCCCCAAGUCGGUGUGCAUCUCCGUGAACGAGGUCAUCUGCCACGGCAUCCCCGACCAGCGCCCGCUGCAGGAGGGUGACAUCGUCAACCUCGAUGUCUCCCUUUUCCACAACGGCUUCCACGGCGACUUGAACGCGACGUACCCAGUCGGCAAGGUCGACCAGGAGAGUCUCGACCUCAUGGCCGCCACGAAGCGCUCGAUGGAGGAGGCGAUCAAGAUCUGCAAGCCCGGCGUCGCGUACCGCGAGAUCGGGAACAAGAUCGAGGAGAUCAUCAAGCCGACCGGAUACUCGAUCGUGCGGCGGUACACGGGCCACGGGAUCCACAACCUGUUCCACUGCGCGCCCAAUAUCGUGCACUACGGCAACUCGAAGAUGCCUGGCCGCAUGGAGGCCGGGCACGUGUUCACGAUCGAGCCCAUGAUCAACCUCGGCACAGCUAACCUCGACCACUGGCGGGACGACUGGACGGCCGUGACGCUCGACGGGCGCCGCUCGGCCCAGUUCGAGGAGACCAUCCUCAUCACGGAGACGGGGCAUGAGAUCCUCACGCGCCUGAGUGCCAGCGCGAAGAAGAACAAGAAGAAGAAGGCCAAGAAGGCCGCCACCACUAACGGCCAGACCCCAGACGGCACCGACGCCGACACUCCCGGCACCGGCACCGCCACGCCCGCCGCCACCGACUGAUCCCUGAUCCGACCGUGUCAUCGUCCGCAUCAUUGUCAGUAGUGCCAUGCAUAUGCUAGAUUGUAC